AUGUCUACUACGCACAGUGAUCCCAAUGUUCCGCUCGAAGCUAACAGCCUGUUUUCGGUCCGAGGUAAAGUGAUUGUGGUUACUGGUGGAGGGACGGGUCUUGGCCGGAUGAUGGCUGAAGGGUUUGUCACGAAUGGUGCGAAGGUAUAUAUCACAGGAAGAAGGGAAGAGGUACUUGAUAAGACUGUCAAAGAGGUUAGGGAGAGCUGCGGUGGUAAGGGUGGAUCGAUCUCCUCGAUACAAGGGGACGUAUCGACCAAAGACGGUGUGAGGCAGAUAGCGGAGAUUAUAUCAAGUAAAGAAGAGAAAAUCGAUGUUUUAGUGAAUAAUGCCGGUGCUCAGAAACCGUGGAAGAACCCUAUUCAAGAUCAUAAUGAUCCGGAUGCCGUUGAAAGACUCGUAUGGGAAGGUGUAGAUGAUGAUGAUUGGAACAUCACCAAUGCCACGAAUGUGAAUGGUGUAUAUUUCAUGACGGCUGCACUGGUUCCACUAUUACGCAGAUCCGAUAUCAGGAGUGUGAUUGUCAUUGGCUCGGUCGCUGCUUUGGCUAAUCAACGAUCGGUAUCAAGUUUGACAUACGGUGUAUCGAAGAAAUUUUGGUUGAUUGCCCUCGCAGGCAGCAAAAAGUCAGCAUUACACCUAGCUGAGAUGCUUGCUGGUCGAUUAUCGCCAUUGAGAAUCCGAGUCAAUACGAUAUUACCAGGUGCUUUCCCUAGUGAGAUCACCUCGAAAUUGGAUCAAGAUGGUAAUAGGGUUUUACAUCCACCUGCACAAAAAGCAGCCCUACGAUCACCAUUAGGCAGAGCAGGAUACAAGCAUGAGAUUGUUGGUCCAGCACUUUUGUUAGCUAGUCAAGCAGGGGGAUUCAUGGAUAAUGCUGUGAUUACUGUGGAUGGCGGAAGGCUAAUGAACGCAGGGAUCAAUGAUGGUAUAAGAAUGCCCGAAGAGACUUAUUAA